CCCAAAUAUCAUGCUGGAGUUGUUCGACCGUCUCCCGAAAGUACUGCUUCAUACAUAUUCAAACCCCACAUGCCUUGACAAUGAGUACUUCCUAUAACCUCGAACCGCCGCCAACGGCACAGGUGACCCUCCAUACAACCACCGGCGACAUCGACAUCGAGCUCUUCGGCAAGCAGGCGCCUCUCGCGACUAGAAACUUCCUCCAGCACUGCCUGGACGGCUACUACGAUGGGACCAUCUUCCACCGCCUGGUCCCAGGCUUUGUCAUCCAAGGCGGCGAUCCCACAGGAACAGGGACGGGUGGUGAGAGUUCCUUUGAAGAUGGGCUGCCUUUUGCGGAUGAAUUCCAUACCCGGCUGAAGUUCAAUCGGAGAGGUCUGGUAGGGAUGGCAAAUAGCGGUGGGAAAGAUGAGAAUGCGAGCCAAUUCUUCAUCACGUUGGGGGAGACCAUGGAGCUGACGGGGAAGAAUACGCUAUUUGGACGAGUGAUUCAGAAUACCAUUUAUACGGUCACGAAUAUGGCAGAUAUGGAGUUAGUAGAGGGAUCCGAAAGGCCGCUGUACCCAGCCAAGAUCACUGGAACGAAAAUCCUCAUCAAUCCUUUCCCCGACAUGGUGAAACGAGUAAGAGAAGCGCCGCGAGUUAUCGAUCAAGAUGAAGGGAAAAGGAAAGGCAAGCGGAAGAAGGCGAAGAAGGCAUUGCUAAGUUUCGGGGAUGAAGAGGAUUUUGACGAGGUCGCACCUGUGUCAAAGAAGCCGAAAUACAAUGCUAAGCUCAUCAGCGGAUCGGCGGCGGGUAUCAAGGUCCCAGUCCCCGAGCAGCAGAACAUGCGGAAACUGGAGAGGAGUGCAAGUCCUCCUACCAAGGGCCAUCAAAGGACGACACCUUCGCCUCCGCCCCGGCCAAGAGACACGAAACUGCCCGCUCGCUCCAAGAAGAGCCCGUCGCCAUCCAGAUCCCCGUCCCCAUCUCUGUCUCCUUCUCCCGAACCGUCACAUCGCGAACGAGGAAGACGGAAAUCGGAUGUUGAAACAACGCGUGCCCAGAUCGAGGCUCUCAAAGCAAGCAUGAAGCGAUCUAGUCCAAACAGGGAGGAGGCAGUCGAAGCACCGGAGGAAGAUCCAUUCAAAGCGAUGGUCCCUAAGACCGCUAUCCGCGGGCGUAAGCGACGUGCUGGAGCCAACGGAAAGGAUGAGGAGCGCACGCUGGCACUACUGAACAGAUUCAAGGCGACGCUCGACGCUGCCGAUCCGGAAUUGGAAGAAGUCAACGAACCGGCCGAAUUAGGCGACAAACUCAAAGGCAUGACCGAUGUUAGUGAAGAAAUCCACACCAAUGGCAUGCCUACAGGUAGUGCAGAAGACGAAGAAGACGUCUGCGACUUGCACUUUGUAGCUGGAUGUCAAAGUUGCGCCAGUUGGGAGACUCAACUUGCUGCUCAGGAGGCGAAGGAGGCCGAAUCAGAUCUAGGCUGGAUGAGCCAUCGGUUGACGUUUGAGAGAGAUCGGCUGGGUAAAAGUUUGGAGUGGAAGAGGAAGAAUGAAGAAGAGCUAGUCGUGAUCGAUCCGAGGGAGAAGACUGAAGAGCUCAAAAAGGCGAAGAAAGGGGGAGGUAGAGGUGGUGAUUGGAAAGAGAGGAGAGAUAAGACUGGGGAUUACAGGAAGCGGUAGCGUUGACCUCACGUGUAGCAUAGAAGUGGACGAAAGACUCAACGGUUUGAUUCCGGCAACGUGUUGGUGGAUAACACUAUUCAUGCUAGAGUGCAAGACCUCCACUGGGAACCGCUCUCGCUAACAAUGCCAUUUCAGUGUGCUCCUUUCGGAGAUUCCAUACCAUUCGCCAUCGGCCCUGCUGCAACAUCACUGUCACUCGCUUCCGACUGCCAAGUCCUCCAAUUCGAGUCCAAAGACCUUGAACCGAGAGGCGCUUAAAUAUCGC